AUAGCAACGCCGUUUACAUUCACAAAUCGUCCCCGAGUCGUUUCCCUUCGGUGUUUAAUAAGAUUUUGGCUUUAAGAGAGGCACAGAGAAACUCAGAUCUGUAUCGCCCUCCUUAUCCCAUUUCUCUAUUCCCCCAAAGCUUUGAGAAAAAAAUGGAGACUUUCCUAUUCACAUCUGAGUCUGUCAACGAAGGCCACCCAGACAAGCUCUGCGACCAGAUCUCCGAUGCAGUCCUCGACGCCUGCCUCGAGCAAGACCCCGACAGCAAAGUCGCAUGCGAGACGUGCACCAAGACCAACAUGGUCAUGGUCUUCGGCGAGAUCACCACCAAAGCCACCGUCGACUACGAGAAGAUCGUCCGCGACACUUGCCGCUCCAUCGGAUUCAUCUCUGACGACGUCGGUCUCGACGCUGACAAAUGCAAAGUCCUUGUCAACAUCGAGCAGCAGAGUCCCGACAUUGCUCAAGGUGUUCACGGUCACUUCACCAAGAGGCCUGAAGACAUUGGAGCUGGUGACCAGGGACACAUGUUUGGGUACGCUACUGACGAGACCCCUGAGCUCAUGCCUCUGAGCCAUGUCCUAGCGACCAAGAUCGGUGCUAAGCUUACUGAAGUGAGAAAGAACGGGACUUGCCGUUGGUUAAGACCAGACGGCAAAACCCAAGUCACCGUCGAGUACUACAACGACAACGGGGCUAUGGUUCCGGUCCGUGUCCACACCGUCCUCAUCUCGACCCAGCACGAUGAGACCGUGACCAACGACGAGAUCGCACGUGACCUCAAGGAGCACGUGAUCAAGCCCAUCAUCCCGGAGAAGUACCUCGACGACAAAACCAUCUUCCACCUCAACCCAUCAGGCCGGUUCGUGAUCGGUGGACCGCACGGUGACGCCGGUUUAACCGGACGUAAGAUCAUCAUCGACACUUACGGAGGGUGGGGAGCUCACGGAGGAGGUGCUUUCUCAGGGAAAGACCCGACCAAGGUCGACAGAAGCGGAGCCUACAUCGUGAGGCAAGCCGCCAAGAGCGUGGUCGCUAACGGGAUGGCUCGUAGGGCUCUUGUUCAAGUCUCCUACGCCAUUGGAGUGCCGGAGCCGUUGUCUGUCUUCGUGGACACUUACGGAACAGGGUUGAUUCCAGACAAGGAGAUACUGAAGAUCGUGAAGGAGAGCUUCGAUUUCAGACCGGGGAUGAUGACGAUCAACUUGGACUUGAAGAGAGGAGGCAAUGGGAGGUUUUUGAAAACGGCGGCGUAUGGACAUUUCGGAAGGGACGACCCUGACUUCACCUGGGAGGUCGUGAAGCCACUCAAGUGGGACAAACCUCAAGCUUAAGUAAUGAUUUAAUAUCAUUGCUUAUGCUUGUUUCUCUAUCUUUUUCACUUUUAAAAAUCUACUGUGAGCAAUAAUUAAAUCCCUCUGUUUCUGUUUUGUUUUUUUUACUGGUUUGUUUACUAUUAUUCUAUUAAUGAUGACAUUAAAAUGUUGUUAAGAUCCUGAACAUGGAGAUGCUUGCAUUACUCAACUGCGUUUGGAUUUUUGUUUA